GGGAGAGAUUGCCCAUGGUGCGGCCGCGAAACGCUUUGCCAUUUGAGAAUCUACAGGAUAAGCCAUAUGGCUGCAGGUGGGCGUGUAGGCACAAUUGGGAACAAAGUUCUCGGUAUACCCUGCGUCUUUAUCGAGAUCAGUUGGACGGGAUACGAGAGAACGAGUUCGUGUGGCUCCCAUAUGCAUUACAAGCCCUCCCCUGGUUCUGCGUCGCGGGAAUACAAAUGUGGACAUCUAAUGUCAUGCUUAUAUUCUGUGACAUUUCUGAGAUGUACUACCCCGGUAGAUUUUGUCGUCAAUUCCGUGCAAUGCAACAUGUUCCUCCCGUGGCGGAAUCUCAAGCUAGACACCAUGCAAGUGGUGCAAAAAAUUCUGGAUGGCCAUUGACACUAUGGGAGGAAAGGCACACCGCUCGUCGUCAUACCGCAAUUGAGUUCGUUGAUGAACCCACAUACACUCCUGCGUACCGUGAAUGGUACAAAGAUGUCGGGAAACGACGGAUUUGCAAUCCGUUACAUGGUCGACCUACAACAGGUUAUGCACCUACUAAUAGGGAGACGAGUACUUUGAUGCAAUGUAUGGGCGAUAUCUAUCGACGCAUGGCAGCUCCAUUUGACGUCGAAGAUAUCCGCGAGCAAAUUGCACGAUGCCUUACGGGAUUAGGUGCCGAAAACGUGCUUCAUGAAGACAUCAUUUUGUUUGGGGAUGCCCAUGAUGAUGCAGUGGAUGCUCAUCCUCCACUUCGGCAAGACCUAAGAAAAGAUGCGCCCACUCGAGGUCGGCGUUUCGGGCGCGGUUAUGUCGAUCCACACGUCGAAGAGAAUGUGAAUGAUGAUGAUGAUGAUGGUGACAACGAUAAUCAUGAUGAUGGUGACGACAAUGAUUAUGAGGAUGAUGAUGGUUAUGAUGAUGAUGAUGAAGAGGAUGCCGAAGAUGGUGGCGAAGAAGGAGGACAACCAUCGUCUUAUGUUCAUUCACAUAUCCCUUCCCCGACUUAUAACAAAGUUGUGCAACUAUUUGCCGACCGACGUAGGGCUGGUCAGAUGUGGCGGCAAGCUGGGUUCCGGUAUCCGCAAAAUAUAUGGAAAGAUAUUCUUGAACAUUCGCAGCAAAGGCAUCGGUGCACUAUUGUCCCGCAUAACCUAUCAACGGGAAUAUACUCUGUUUCCAUUAGUGAUUAUCCGCCAGUAACCGUAAAUCUCUCACGUUGCGAAUGUGAUUGCGGUUUUUGGAAGCAGAAUGGAUUCCCAUGUGUUCACGCCUAUGCGACAUGUCAUUUCUUAGAAAUAACUGUUUAUCAUCUCAUCCCGGACGUGUAUAAAUUAGGUGCCUACAUCCGUACGUAUGCUUCGGAUAUUAUGCCUAUGCAUGACGUAAGUGCGAUGCCGGAUACCGGAUAUUUAGUGAUACCGCCUCAAAGUGCUAGGCGCGGUCAAACCGGUAGACCUCAAAAGACCAGAUUUACA